AUGAAAGUCCCCUACAACUGUCUGGAACCGUCUGGCAACGUUGUCUUCGCCGCCCGGGGUGGGAAGAUUCACUCCUUCAGCCUAGAUGAUGGCUCUCACCUCUCAACAUGGAAGCAUCCCGACGUUGAAAAGGUGCAUGCCGCCGCCGCCUCGGUCUCUGUCUCAAAGACUGAGGUUGAUGCGAGCUCAGGUGCACCUACACCCUCAUCCCCGGUCGGCAAUGAGGACGGCCCUCCUGCCAAGCGUCAAAGGGUUGAGAGCACCGAGGAGGAUAAGGGAGAGACUGACAAGCAAGCCAAGGACGCCGAUGCUAUGGUCGUCGACAGUGAGCCCGCGAUGCCCGAACACCAAAAGAGAGACAGGAAAAAGGGCAACAAGCAGAUGAGACGGAACAACAGAGAUGGCCAGCAGCAGCAGAACAACCGUGGCGGCGCGUUUGCAAGAGUCCCAGACUACCCUGUCAUCACCAUCAUGACGACCACGAUCGACGGGAGCCACCUGCUAGCCAUCUCGGGACACGAUAAGUCUCUGUGGGUUUUUGAGCACGACGGCAAGGGGAAUUUAACAGAGUUGAGCCAGAGACAAAUGCCCAAACGGCCAUGCUCUGUCCUCAUCUGCCCGGACAACCAGACUAUCCUCAGCGCGGACAAGUUCGGCGACGUUUACUCCCUGCCCUUGAUCCCCUCGGAAGCUGCUGCAGUGGACCUCGCAACCCAGCCUGAUGCCACCUCAUCGGAGACGGCCCCAAAGCCCUUCAAGCCGGAGGCCAACCCCUUGACAGUGCACUCCAAGAGCAAUCUCCGCGCGCUCCAAAGCCAGCUGCGCGAGCAGCAAAAGUCGAAGCGUGACGCCCCCAAGGACCAGCCGACGUUCGAGCACACGCUCCAGAUCGGCCAUGUCUCGAUGCUUACGGCCCUGACGCUUGCCUCCAAGGGCAGCCGGCGGUACAUCAUCACGGCGGACCGUGAUGAGCACAUCCGCGUCUCACGCUUCAUGCCGCACGCGCACGUCAUCGAAGGCUUCUGUCUCGGUCACGCCAACUUCGUCAGUGCCCUCACGCUUCCGAGUCAGGACGUCUUGGUCUCGGGAGGCGGGGACAGCGAGCUUUUCGUAUGGGACUGGGAGGCCGGGAGGGUCCUGUCCAGAUUUGGCCUCUUGGAGCAGGUCCAACAGGUGGAGAAGGACGCUAAUAAGCUUGCCGUCUCCCAGCUCCUGUCCGUCACGGUCAUGGCCAACGGCCGGCAGGUACCCGUGGUCCUGGCGGUAUGCGAAAGCGUAUCUGCCAUAUUCGUCCUCCGUUUCUCGGAGGACAAUACCCUGGGCCAUGUCCAAACCAUUUCCACCCCCGGGAACCCACUUCAUGUGGCGCCGGUUGCCAGCGGUAGCGCCGUUACGAACAUACUGGUGACCAUCGACCCGGCGGACAACGACGACGCGCCCAACGGCAUUGUCUCGUUCAGAUGGACUGGUGCCGCGUUCUCGUCACAGGACCUUGGAAUUCAGGACACCGAUGUGAAUGAAGGCGAGUUCGACAUGCCCCACGAGCAAGUGCGGAAACUUCUGUACAACACCGAAGACCUGCGCAAACGAGGCGACGACGACCAAGACGAAGAGGUGGAACGGGAAGAACAGCAGCCACAAGAGGGGGGCACCCAGGAACAGGAGCCAGCGCAGGAGGCGUCGUAG